CAUUUUAUGAAUCCACCAAAACCCAAUGAAGCAAACAGGCCAGAACGAUGGCUUCACUCAAUUCAAACUCCUCUCCAAAACCUUUCUCUUUCUCUCCUCUUUUUUACAUAGACCCUAAUUCAUAAUCAUAUGUCAUUUCUUCCAUAUUCCAAUCUCCGACUGUAUAUAUACAGAGAAUGAAAUCAAGGGAACAGAAGGUGGGGCUAAGAUCAAGAGGUUCAUGGAGUCCACAAGAGGAUGAAACUCUGUUGAAGCUGGGAGAAGGACACGGCCCUAGCAAUUGGUGUCUGAUAAGCGCCGGCAUAACGGGCCGGUCUGGAAAAUCAUGCCGACUAAGGUGGUGCAACCAGUUGAGGCCGUAAGUGCAACACCGCCCAUUUACUCCGGCAGAGGAUAAUUGGCAACAGAUGGGCCACUAUUGCACGCCUCUUGCAGGUCGCACGCCGCCAAAGACGAAAUGGUAAGUUAUCUUCUGACUCGAACAAGGAACAAAGAGACCGGAACUGUUUGGUUUUCUCUCAAAAAAAUAAUAUUCGAAAAUUAUUUUUGGACUAGAGUUUUAAAAAAAUAUUUUUAAAAAUUUUUAGAUUACAAAAUUUAAUUAUAUAUUUUUAAAAAUAAUUUUAAAAAAUAAAAUUAUAAAAUUUAUUUGAAUAAUAAUCCACAAUUUUUCCACAGUUUCUCAACAGUCUCUCUCACUUUCGCUAUGUAUCACCCAACACUAACAACUGAGAACCACCGUCAACCCCAACACCCACAACCACCAUCAACCCAAACCGAGAACCACCCAAACCUACCACCAAGACCACCAUCAACAC